AUGGCGUUGAAUGAGCAGCAAGUUUUGAAGCUUGCCAAAGAGAAGCCAGAGGAGUUUGUCGCCUGGGCUGAAGGCGAUAUCGUCAACCAGCCGCUCAAGGAGACGGUGAUGGCAGCGGUACGCAAAGUCCGCCCUCACGUCACCACUGGCCAAGUGAUGAGUCUCUUGCACGACAUGAGAUCCGAAGUCUACCAGGAGAAGCUCCGGGAGCUUACUCCCCCCGUCACCAUUCUCGGCAGACCAUUUGUCGAGUUCAAAAUGAUGGAAAAGCUGUGCCGAAUGCUCGGCAUCAGCAUGUGGUGGAUGACUGAGAGAUACUGUCCCGCCCAGACGACUGAGCCAGCCGACAUUGUGUACAGCACACUGUACCUGAAGGCUCAGGAGGCCACCAAGGCCAGGUUGGUGGAAAAGUUUCAAAGAUUCAAGCUCGAGCGUGAGGCCAGGGAGUCCUCCCAGCCCGCUGCGAAGCCCGUCACCAAGCCCAGCGCACCCGGUGACUUGGGAAAGUCUCGAUGGGCUCCCAAUACCGAGGCUGCUGCUGGCCCAGCGCCGAAAGAUGAUUCUGGCGUGGCUUCAGGCAAGUCGUCCAAGGACACUGCCGCCACAAAGCCCGCCGCUCCAUCCGCAGGUGGCAAGGGCAAAGGGAGGGAGAUGGACCCCUCGGAGGAGGCACUGAGAUCGGCUUGGAAAAGCAUCAUGGGCAGCGAGGCGCCUCCAAGCUGGCCUGCCUGGCCGGGAUUCCCGCACCACGAGUUCGGGACAUUUGACAUUCCGUUCCCCCCGGAGAGAGACUGGGAGGCUUGCUACGGGCGUCCGGGUCGGGAUCUCCGGCUCUACGUGUCCCCGGCAGUCCAAGUUGACUGUCACGUUUACGGCGAGGGGUUUCGCAAGUUGGUUGUGCGUCUACGCGACCAACAAGCCGCGACUCCAUUCAACCACAUGGAACUGUUUCGUUCCUGGGCUGGACUUGCCGCAUGGGCCAAUCAGCUCGCAAAGGGGAAUCAAGAUAUUCCCAUCACUGACUUCAUGAAGAAUUACCUCAGGGUCAGUGUCAAGUGCGCGUUCACCGUGAUCUCUGGUGAAGAUUGA